AUGUCAAACUUUAGCGAUGAGGAUAACAUGGAGGGACUCAGACAAUACGAUCUGAUCCAACUCAACUCUACCUUACCACUCACCAAAGAUCCCAUGGCAGUGGACAAUACUAUUGACGAAGGCCCCUCUUACGAACAAGGAGAGGAUACAAAAACAGCAUCUAUCGUAAAAAAAAAUCUAUACUAUCCAUUCAGCGAUCGAAGGGAAUGGCAGCUUGCAUUAUGGCUUCUUCAUUCGGGUUUGAGCAUGGUGCAAAUCAAUGAUUUCCUAGCGCUUGAUAUUAUCAAUGAUCAAAAGAUUUAUGAGGUUGAGCUGAAUCAUUACCUAGCGGUCCAUGUUGGAAGUCUCAAGUUAUUCCUAUACUACAUGGCUCGCAAGGUGUAUCACACAGUGGAGAAGCUCUCUCGGAUAUAUACUGAAUGGAUGACAGGCGAACAUGCCUGGGAGAUGCAGUCUGCACUUCCCCAUGGUGCAACUCUCCUCGAACCUCUCAAGUUGGCUGCUCAAAAUGGUACCAUGUUGUCCGAUCCCCUCGGACACAGCCAUUACUGUUUCACGAUGCUCGCUAGUUAUAUUGCUGACAUGCCAGAAGCCAUGAUGUUGGCAUGUGUUGGUGGAAAGACGUCCCCAGUGACUAUGGCAAUGUACAAAUAUUUUGGGGAUCCCUUCCAACAUGAACCCCAGACACAAUCAAAAACUCUUGUGCAACUGGACAUGGCCUUUUUCUGCGAGGCGCAGAAGUUUCGCCUGAAUGGCAUAGACAAACCAUUCUGGUCGGACUGGUUGCUAGCGGAUCCAUCCCGGUUUCUCAUACCUGAAUCACUGCACCACAUUCAUAAGCAGUUUUUGGACCAUGAUGUGCAGUGGAUUAUCCUUGCAGUGGGAGGGUCCAAGAUAGAUUUUCGGUUUUCGGUUAUACAGCCCACCACUGGUUAUCGACAUUUUCACGGAGGUAUCUCCAAACUUAAGCAGGUUACAGGUCAUUGUCACCAAGACGUUCAACAAUCCAUCAUUGCAGCCAGUGCAGAUGCAGGACCUGCUGGAGUUAUUGUUGCUGUACACGCGCUCAUGCACUUUCGUUAUCUUGUGCAAUCGCUGUGUAUUGAUGACAAGGAUCUUGGUUGCAUUACAGCUGCACUGAGUGAGUUCCAUGUGAACAAACAUGCAAUCAUCGCUGCUGGUCUUCAUCAGGGAAAAGGCAAUAAAGGCAAUAAAGUCAUCAACAAUUGGCAAAUCCCAAAACUCGAGCUUAUGCAGAAUAUUGUUCCUAGCAUUCGCAACUCUGGAGUUAUAGCACAGUGGUCUGUGGAUGUUACUGAGCAUGCGCACAUCACCGUGGUCAAAGACCCAGCAAGAUCUACCAACAAUAAUAACUAUGACCCACAAAUCUGUCAUUAUCUCGACCGUGCCAAUAAAUGCAAUCAGUUUGAGCUUGCCACUAGCCUUUUGGAUCAUUCGCAGAGGGAAGACCCGGGAGUUGUUGGAGAUGAACUUGUUGAGGAGGAUGACAAGAUCGAUGAUGACAUGAAUGACUUUCCUGCAGAGCUGCUGUCCUCAAUUCAAAUACCCGCACAACCACGUCCUAUCAUGAAUCACUUUUCACUCGCAAAAAUACUCCAGCACAAGGAAAUCAGAUCACUACCUGUCCCACUACGUUCUUUUACCAUUGGGUGCACCGCUCUUCACCUUUCUUAUGAUCCAUCCAUCAGGAAUGCCACUGUCGAUGAAGUUGCUAUCAUGUUCUGCCUACCAGACUUAUGA